AUGUCAUCCAACUCCACUUCUGCUUCUGCUUCUGCCGCUGCUGCUGCCAACCAGGUGCUCAUCGCUCUGAUUGCCAGACUCAAUGAGAUGGCUGAACAGGUGCUCCGGUCCCAGUCAGAGGAAGAGAAAAUGGGAUUGAGCCGGAAGAUUGCUCAUGAAGUGAAUGACGCGAUUCAUUCGCAUGGGAGGGUCGCUACCUACAUCCCCCCUCGCCUGCUGUCCAUGGCAGCUGAGAUCUUUCGUGCUCAGAGGCGCACGACUCAACUGGCGGAAGUCCCGGACUGGAACCACGUUGGGCACAACCAGGAGAUGUGCAUGAAGCAUCCAUUGUAUGGUAAGACAUUGGGUGCUGCACCGGCGGUCAUCACACCUGCACCUGCACCUGCACUGGCCCCAGCCCCAGCCUCUGCACCGGCGGUCACCACACCUGCACCUGCACCAACACCCUCAAAGACACCAGCACCAGCACCAGUCCCACCCCCAGUCCCAGGCCCAUCACUGGCGCCUGCACCUCAGCCUGUUCCAUCCUCUGGUCAGUCAUUACCAGCACACUGUUUCAGCAUUCGCAUCCCUGGAAAUACAGCAUCUGGUGCAACUGGACCGGCCGGACCCUCCAAAUCGCGCAAGCGAGAACUCAGUACUAGUCCCCCUGUGUGUCAGUUUAAGAGGGCCCGGAAGCGUCUCCUCAAGUCAAGGGAAGUCUUGUCCAACACUGACUCUGACAAGGUGAAGCUGAAGGUGAAGAACAAAGGGAAAGCAAAGGGGAAGGGGAAAGGGAAAGAGAAGGCGAAGGCGAAGGUACCGGAAGAUGAUGAGGAUGAGGAUGAGGAGAUGGCAACUGAUGUUGAUGAUCUUCCGCACCAGAAGUCGACGCGCAACCCCUCCAAACACAAGAACAAGGGCGCUGCACCGGAGGGAAGUGAGACAGAUGAGAUUCCGGAAGAUGAUGACAAUGAUUUGGAGGGUGAUGAUACCCAAGGCAAGCUACCGUCAAGCCGGGGAAACAACACAAACCGCAAGAAGGGCAAGGGCCAACAACCACUGGACGUUGAUGGACCUUUACCUCAUUGCGAGAGAUGCCAGUCGAAGCAUGUGCAGUGCAUCCCGCGAUUGAUGAAGAAAGGCGAGUGUCCACGGACAGCACCGCUGUCACCACCAUCACCCCCAGCAUCACCGCUACACCACCUGCAAGAGCCAUCACCACCUGCAAGAGCCGUCACCACUCGCUCCAAGACGAGCCAGUCAAAGACCACCGGACAGAGCAAGACCGGUGGGCAGUCGUCCAAAGGCAAAGGUUUCUGGCGCUCAUUCGCCCUUGUAGACAGGGAUAUUCGACAUCCCAGUCCCAUCCAAGAGGAAGAGGAUGACGACGUCCAGAUGAUCGAUGACGCUCUGGAAGUGACUGGUACCGGUGGUACCACACCACAACCAGUGCCUCUCACAUCGGUAGAUGAUUUCCCCGCAGACCACUGGAUUGAACCAGGCACUGACGACAUGCCACCUCCACCACCGGUUAUGGCCCCAGAGGACGACAUCCGGGACUCACCCAUCCCUCCGGUCCAUCAUCCACUCUCCCCCAUCGCACCUUCCGGGUCCCUUCCAUCCAUCCAGCACCCUCUCGCUAAUGAGGAGAUGGAGGCCAUGAUAGAAGUUGACAUCCGGCAAGAUGACCUGGAGCGUUGCAUCAAAGUCGCCAAAGCAUUGGAUGCUGCCAUGACCGUGCAGAUCGACCGGAUACAGGGGGAUGUGGACGCGCACCAGAGACUCAUAACUGGGUUGUCCAUCCAACUCCAAGCAGUUGUGAGGUAUAUGAGGGGGGAUAGGUCCGAUGAAGGGACAGCAACAACCCCACCAGCAUUCAAUCCACCCCCCAUUGUUGCCAGCCCAUCCAUCAGUGCAUUCGGUUGCACGUUGACCAACGACGUCUUCACUCCGGAUGCAUCUUGGAUGAGCGCCCAGACCGGUGGUGAUCUCAUUGGCAUUGAAGACGGCUCACCAGUCGCAAGGCAAGCACGGGCGCCAUCCACUUCCACCAUCAACCCGGCACUCACCACAACAGUAUCCGGCCCAUCUGUUCCUCUGGGUGAUGCACCACCGGUACCACCUCUCAUUCUCCUGGUGGGGUCCAUGCCUCCAUCUGGCACCCUUCACGCAUUGAUCACCAGAGGGCCGUCAAAUGUGCUGGACAAUGGUCAGUCCACCUCGGCUCCUUUGCCACGCCAACAAUAUGGACCUCUAUCCCUCCAACAUGGUCAGUCGGCGAGCACUAGGCAUGCUAAGAAGCCUUCCAGUGACAUGGAGAAGUAA